AUGGAUAGGAUCAGAGCUCCAGCUCUAUCUUACCAGAGGAAGAAACAGAAAGGGAUGCAUUCCCCAAACCUUUCCUGCAGUUAUGAAAUAAAGUUCAAUAAGCUUGUCAUUUUUAUUAUGCAGAGGAAGAUGGGGAAAACCAGAAGGACAUUUCUGAUGGAGCUGGCAAGAAGAAAAGGUUUCAGAGUAGAAAGUGAGCUAAGUGACUCUGUCACUCAUAUUGUGGCCGAGAACAGCUCUCACCUGGAGGUGCUGGACUGGCUGAGAGGACAGACGGUGGGCGACAGCUCCAAGUUUGAACUGCUGGAUAUCUCCUGGUUCACAGCCUGCAUGGAAGCGGGAAGACCAGUUGAUUUAGAAAUGAAGUAUCGUCUCACGGAACAAGAUCAAUCUCCUCCUUUGAAUAUACCUGAAUCAGAAGUGCCAUCAUUUAUUGCAAGUAAAGUAUCUCAGUAUUCGUGUGAAAGGAAGACAACUUUAAAUAACUACAACAAGAAAUUCACGGAUGCCUUUGAGAUAAUGGCCGAAAAUUAUGAGUUCAAAGAAAAUGAAUUAUUCUGCCUGGAAUUUCUGAGAGCAGCUUCUGUGCUGAAAUUUCUUCCAUUUCCAAUAACCAGAAUGAAAGACAUACAAGGGUUGCCCUGUAUGGGAGACCGAGUCAGAGAUGUCAUUGAGGAGAUUAUUGAAGAGGGAGAGAGUUCUAGAAUUAAAGAAGUGUUAAAUGAUGAACGAUACAAAUCAUUUAAGCAAUUUACUUCAGUCUUUGGAGUGGGAGUGAAGACAUCUGAGAAAUGGUACAGAGCGGGUUUACGAACUCUGGAAGAGGUAAAAGCUGACAAGACCCUGAAGCUGUCAAAAAUGCAGAAAGCAGGGUUGCUCUACUAUGAGGACCUUGUUAGCUGUGUAUCUGAGGCAGAAGCGGAUGCAGUAAGCUUGAUUGUCAAGAAUACUGUGUGUACGUUUCUACCAGAUGCUUUAGUUACCAUAACUGGUGGUUUCCGGAGGGGUAAGAAGAUUGGACAUGACAUAGAUUUUUUGAUCACUAAUCCAGGACCAGGAGAAGAUGAUGAACUUCUGCAUAAAGUUGUAGACUUACUGAAAAAGCAGGGCUUACUCCUGUAUUGUGAUAUCAUUGAAUCAACAUUUGUAAAAGAACAGCUACCAAGCAGAAAAGUUGAUGCCAUGGAUCAUUUUCAGAAGUGUUUUGCAAUUUUUAAAUUGUAUCAGUCAAGAAUAAACAACAGCAGUUACAACACGUCAAAAAACUUCGAUAUGGCAGAAGUCAAAGACUGGAAGGCAAUUCGUGUAGAUCUGGUCAUAACCCCCUUUGAGCAAUAUGCAUAUGCUCUGUUGGGCUGGACAGGCUCCAGGCAAUUUGGACGUGAUUUGCGGAGGUAUGCUACUCAUGAAAGGAAGAUGAUAUUGGAUAACCAUGCCUUAUAUGACAGGAGAAAGAGGAUCUUUCUCAGAGCUGGAAGUGAGGAAGAAAUCUUUGCACAUCUUGGAUUGGAUUAUGUUGAACCAUGGGAAAGGAAUGCUUAAAAUGAUUUGCCAGUUACAUUCAUCAGUUGACAGCAAUGAUCUUUCUGCUUAUCUUGCAGUCUGAUAUAGAUAUAUAUAGAUAUAGAGAUGCAUAUGAAAAUAUUCGUCCCUAUGAAAACUACAAAAUUUUAAAUACAUAUUAGAAGCCAUUAUAGAUGCUGAUGUUCCUAGUAAUGAAGAGUUUAAGUUCUUCAGAAUAUUUUCCAAUAUUUUCUGUUUUAGUUUUUGAAGUUUCUAUAUGGGAGUAACAAGAAGGAGCUUGUUUUUUGGGGGAAUACUUGAAAAUGGUGAGAUUUUUGCUUGUGAUAGAAAUUUAACAUUCCUGUGAACAAUACUUGCUUGUUAAAGUCCUGUUAGCUGUAACAAUACCUGAAUAAUACAAAGUAUUUGAGCUAUUUGAGUAUUUGAGUCCAAAAAUUACUGAAAAGCAUGCUUAUCUUUAACAGAAUUUCUCAAGUAUUUUGCUGAAUCUAUAUAUAAAAUUGGUACUGUAUAAAAGGCUUAAUAACCUAGGCAGUAAUUAGUCUAGCAGUCUCAGCAAGUUGAGGCUUCAUCUGUAAUAUUUUUUCAGGUAGGGCACCACUCUACAAAAAUUGUAAGCAAGUUGAUAAUUCAGUGAGAGUUGAAAAACAUUUCACAGGAAGGAAUUUUGUAAAGGAAAAGUGGAAUAAUUCAGUAGCAAUCUUCAACUGUGAGGAAAUAUACUAUAAAUCUGGAAUAUUUUAUUUGGACUAAAAAAGAUUCAGGUUGUGUGAUGUAAUGUUCCUCAAUCAGGAAUCUGAAUCAUAUCCUGCAUGAAAACAAGUGCUUUAGCUGUCAUGCUGGUGGCUGCUCCAAGGUGAAAGAUUUUAAUUGUCUGUGCUCAAUUUAUAUAGCUGGAAAUUAAUUCAUUAGUAUAUAUAUUGUGUGUGUGUUUGUGUGUAUAUAUAUUGUAUAUAUAUAUAUAUAUAUAUGCAAUGGAAGUUUGCCAGAGCUGUUUGGCUAUUAGCUGCUCUAGAAUGGUAUUCCCUCUUUUUGGUCAGAAAUUCAUCUUGGAUGUGAGAGACUUUCUGAUAAAAGUAAUGCUAUGAGAUAUUUUGGUUUCAGAAAAUUUCCAGGUAGCUCUUGUGACUGUAAUGAUAAUGAAGAAUUUGUAAUA